CCCCGCAGCGACUUUCUCACUCGCUUCGUUUAUCGCCCUCUGCAUGUGAACCGCACGUUAGUAAACUCGGUCACACACAUCAUUUGGCGUUAUUAUCAACAGUAUUUUUCUCGAGUAUAUUCCAGAACGAAGAGGCAAAUAUAGGGAUAAGGGUAAAGAGAGAAAGAGAGAGAGAUCCCGGGCUCCGAACGGAGAUGCGGACAGGAGGUUCUGCAUGAAACCUGUUCCCAGUUCUCUUCCGGACAGAUGUUUGGGACAGAUGCUUUAGAUGGAUUUCAAGAGUUUGUCAGCUGACCCAGCACUGGAAGGUGAUGACAUCGAUGCUGCAGUGAAUCUUAUUUUCCCACUUGGGGAAUUUUUGGUCUUUCCCUGACCAGCGCCCCGUCAUUUCCCAGUGACCUCUGUCAUGCGGGGAAAAGAGCAACCUGCGGGAAUUCCAGAAUCUGCAUGAGCCUUUAAUUCGGUAAAUAAGAGUUAGUUCAACCGCAGCAUCUCCCACCGUCCUGGACGGACAAUGAUGCAAUGGCUUCCUGCCAACCGGCUGAACCGACCUUGUGGACGAACCGCUGCUGUGGAAGCCGCCUGAUGAUCAGUGUGAGGCUGGGCGGCGUGGGGAAUCCAGUCCUGUGUGCCGCCUCUCAGGCACUGAAGAGAUUUCCAGGGCAGGGAGAGGGAAAUUCUUUUCACUUGUCGGCCGUGUCCAGAACGAGGGAGACGGGACGUGUCAUUUGAGCUGGACCGGACGUAGGUGAAGUCAGGAAGCUUCUUCUCACGAAUGUCAGUGGAAAUCACCGAAAAGCUAAACGCGUUCCACCCUGUGACGCAUAAUUUCCAGUCCUUAUUUCCUGCAGCCAUAUCUCAGUAAUCGCCACUGUACCUGUCACCUUGCAACACAAUAUUCUCUUUUUUACAGAAUAAUUGUUUUAAAAGUGACUCUAAAUUGAUAUUUAACCAGCGUUCUAAACCCCAGUCGGCCUCUUUUGAGGACCUGUUCCUUUCUGUCCGCCACAAACUGUCACAAGCCUUUCUUUCUGGAUUCAUUUAUUUUGAGCCGUUUGUCGUUUUCCUGAUCUCUCCGUCACUUGAGACUGGUUGGAAGUGGCCAAGACACCUUCACAUUGAACACUUGCCGCAAAACAACAUUCACUCCCCGAGCACUGCAGAGUACGUAGUGGACAAUCGCGGUACUACAGGGGUUCAGUUGCUUCUCGAAAGUGAAAGGAUUGUGAAUCACGAGGUGCGGGGAGUUAACAUGGCUUCGAAACAACAUUUUGAGAGUUUAACCGAGGAGGUAAUUUGUCCCAUCUGCCUGGAUUUCUUCACCGAUCCGGUGUCACUGCAGUGUGAGCACAACUUCUGCCGCUCCUGCAUCACACGCUACUGGGAAAGGGAGGCGAGAAACUCCUGCCCGGAAUGUAGAGCGCAGUUUGCAGACCGCACCCUCAGGUCAAGUCGGCUCUUAGCAAGACUGGCCGAGAAAGCUCGAAAACUACACCUGAAGCAGAGAGAGAAGGAAAGGAAAGUUCACUGUGAGGAACAUGAGGAAGAACUGAAGCUGUUUUGUGAAACUGACAAAAAACUGAUCUGUGUGAUCUGUGCAGUUGCGCAGGAACACAGAGAGCACCGCUUCCUGCCGAUUAAAGAAGCUGUUAAAAUCUACAAGGACCAGGUUAAAUCUUCCUUAGAAUCUCUCACAAAAAAGAAAUCAGACAUCCGGGAAAAGGAGCAGCAACAGUUAGAGAAGAUUUCCGGAGUUCGGGAACAGUCACACAACCUUCAGUCCCACAUCACAUCCCAAUUUGCUGAACUGCACCAGAUUCUCACUAAGAAGGAGCAACGCUUCCUCAGGGAUCUCAGGGAAGAAGAGGAGAGGGUUCUAAAUCCAAUGGAGACAAAUCUUCGAGAAAUUCGGGAGAAUUUAAAUUCUGUUCAGGAGGAAAUCUCAAAGUUACAGGAACGGAUGGAUCAAAAAGACAGCAUGAUAUUUCUCAAGGAGGAAGCUCAUUGGACGAGCAGCGAGAGUGACGAGGCCCAACUACUGUCAGUGACCGAUGGUGCCCUGCCGAUUGAAACAUUCGAUCACCUCUUUUCGUUGAAAACAUUGUUGAGAGAAUCGUUUCAUGCCAUUAAGCGAGUCUCUGUGACCCUGGAUGUGGAAACAGCGGCUCCGUGGCUCGAGGUGUCUGAGGAUCGGAAGAGGGUGAGACGGACCGGGACACGGAGGGAUCUCCCUGACACCGGGAAGAGGUUUACAGUCUGGUCUUGUGUACUGGGAGCGGAGGGAUUCACAUCGGGGAGACAUUAUUGGGAGGUGGAGGUGGCGGGGAAUCAGUGGUGGGGGGUGGGUGUCGCCGCAGAGUCCGUGGAGAGGAAAGGGGAUGUCAAACUGAUGCCCGAGAAUGGAUUCUGGAUCGUCUGGAGACGGGAUGACAAGUUUCAUGUGAACACCUCUCCUGAAUCCCGUCUCCGUGCCGGUCCCAUCCCCGGGAGGGUGGGAGUUUAUCUCAGUUACGAGUCCGGGACAGUUUCAUUUUACAGCGCGGACACCAAGUCCCAUCUCCACACCUUCACUGGGAAUAAAUUCACGGGGAAAAUUUAUCCUUUCUUCUGGACAUGGGAUGAAAACAAGUGGCUGAGAAUCUGCAGCGGUUCCGCUCCGGGUCUGUAAAUAGGUCGGAUCCCGAGACCAGCGUCAGGAGCUCCGGGGCUGUGGGGCAGAAACCCCGCUGACAACAGGUUGGCGCUGAACGGGUCCCAUUUAAUCCCCAAAUUCCACACUGUAAAACUCCAAUGAGCCGGGAAAUGAAACCGGUGUAAAUAUAAAUGCGGGGAGAAUGAAAUAAACACGAAUUGAUA